GCGCACCGUUGCCGCCCAGGCUGAGUCUCAGGGGAGGCUCGGUAGCCAUGAUACACCCGGAUUCCCCCCCGACGUUCAUCUGCAUGGCGCCCCUACGCGGCGUGCACUACCAGCUGAGGCGGGGCGAGGAGGUGCUUGAAGUACCCAGGAUCGCCGUCAGCUCAGACAGCAGCUUUUUUGAAAUGAAGGCGGUGGCUCUGGGCGACGGUGGCUUCUACACCUGCCGCUAUCAGCUGCGUGGCCAGCAAACCUGGUCCGCGGACAGUGAGCCCGUCGAGAUGCUGCUCAGCGACGAGACGCUCCCGGCGCCGGAGCUCUCGGCGGAGCCCGAGGCUCUGCGGCCCGCGCCCGGCGCGUCCGUGCAGCUGCGGUGCCUGGGGCCCCGGGCCGGCCUGCGCUUCGCCCUGAUGCGCGAGGACCACGGCCAGCGCUACGUGCGCAGUGUCCUGAGCCCCGCGGGCACCGAGGCCCGCUUUGAGCUGCGCGACGUCUCGGUGGCGGACUCGGCCAACUACAGCUGCGCCUACGCGGACACUGCGCCCCCCUUCGCGGGCUCGGCGCCCAGCGCGCCCUUGGAGCUACGCGUGGACGGGCCCCCUCCCAGGCCCCAGCUCAGGCCCCUGUGGAGCGGGGCGGUGACUCCGGGCCGCGAUGCGGUCUUGCGAUGCGAGAGCCCGGUGGUGCGGGACGUCAGGUUCGAACUGCAGCGGGCCGGCGAAAGGGUUUUGACCGGGAGCGGCCACCGCUCAGCAGACCUUGUGCUGACCUACGUGGGGCCCCAGCACGCGGGCAACUACACUUGCCUCUACUUGAGGUCGUUCCCCGACCUCCUGGUGUCCGAGAUGAGCGAGCCGGUGGAGCUCCAGGUUGCAGGAGGCUGAUCCAGCUGCAGACUCGGGCUCCUUGGCAAGUACUUGCUCUCAUCUGGCGCUGACCCCUCAUGCUGCGGCUGGAGGCUGGACUCCCCCUGGGGGUGGUGGAGGACUGUCCCUCAUUGCUCCUGGGAAUCAAUAAAUGUGAAGAGAGACUUUAAAA